AUGCCACCGGGUCACCGUGCCAAGGAAGCAGAGCUAGAGCUCAGUGGAGAGCUGGAGCUUGGUGAGCUGGGAGAGGCAGACAUGGGACAUGCGCCUGCGGGGCAGGCGCAUGCCCGGCUCAAGGAGCUCAAAGGCAAUGGGCAGGCGCUGCCGACAAUGCUCGCCAGGUUUAAGGAGCUCAGGAAAAGUAAGUCCAAAGGCAAAAGGAAAGAAAAGAAGGAAAAGAGAGAAGCCGACUGCGAGGAGCGAGUGAGGAAGGCUCAGGCGGAACCCGUGAGGAGCGAGGCGGAGAGAUCUGUUGCGGUGAAGGGCGGCAGCUUCGUCUGGCUUCGGGGAGAGCUGUUGGGCCGUGGCAGCUUGGGCUCUGUCUGGAAGGGCACCAACCGGCAGACAGGGCAGACCAUGGCUGUCAAGGAGGUCAUCAUCGAUAACCUUGAUGAUUCCGACAAAGACUUCUCUCAGUCGCUGCAGGUCGAGAUUGACCUGUACAAGCAGUUGCAACAUCCCAAUAUCGUGUCCUACCUCGGGAAUGACCGGAUCAAAGAUCGUUUCUACAUUUAUUUGGAAUAUAUGCAAGGAGGGUCAGUGUCACAGGUUCUACACAGGGAGGGACCUAUGAGUGAACCGCUGAUCGCUUGCUAUGCCCAGCAGCUACUUCAGGGCUUGAAUUACCUCCACACGCGGGAGCCUCUCAUUUUGCACCGAGACAUCAAAGGCGGCAACAUCCUGGUGGGUGAGAAGAGGACGGUGAAACUCGCGGACUUCGGCUGUUCGAAGCGUUCGGAAGAGACCUGUCAACAUACACUGAGGGGUUCGAUCCCUUGGAUGGCACCGGAGGUCAUGAACGAGCGCGCCUAUGGGCGUAAAGCCGAUGUCUGGAGCUUGGGUUGCGUCUUCAUCGAGAUGGUCACCGCCCAGCCGUGCCUUGGCGGUUCGGUGGGUGGAGAAGGAAGGUGA